UGCCUGCUCCUCUGGUUCUCUUAGUGGUAGCCAUCACACACUUGAGCACACACUUGAGCAGCUGGUUACUGUAUUGCCAUUUCUACCCUUACUGAUUGCCUUUAUUUAUCUUGCCUUUACCUUCACUUCACCUCAUCAAUGUCUUCCCUCCCCCAACGAGUUCCAGCAUGGAAACGAUUGGGUCUCAAGCUUAAGCCUGCAUCUGAAGAGAGCCAGAACGCUACCCUACAUACGGAUACUGUUGCUCCGCCGGUGCCCAACCAUCAUCGGGAAAAUCUUGCCGGCCCUAUCAAUGCCAAUGUAAAGAGGAAAUCUUCUGGUGUUCCUGCAUUAGACCAUUCGGCGAAAAAACCAAAACGAGACGCCUCUCAAAGCCAAAUCGCCUCCACUCAGACACCAUCAAAAAAGGCCAAAUCUGUUUCGUUUGCUGCCGAGUCCACCCAACACGCCGGGUCUGCAGCAACUACUAGCAGCACACAAAUCACAAACAAGCAAAAACAACCAUCUUCUAAGAAAGCCGUCGCAGCCACAGUCAAGAAGCAAACUGCUGUUAAUUUGGAGCCGGCACUUUUGUACUUACGUCAGUGGCACACAUCUAAGGAUACCUGGAAGUUUAACAAAAAUCAUCAGACUAGGCUACUAGAACAGGUCUUUGCUGAUGAGACCACUAUACCGGCGGCUGAUAUUAACGUCUUCUACGAAUAUAUCCGGGGUUUGAAGGGAGCUGUCAGAACGAGGCUCAGGGAGCUUGCGUCUGGCACCAAGGCGCAGGACAUGGAGUUAGGAUCACAAGGGUUCCCUGCCUCGAGCAAAGAUGUGAUGGAAAGGAGACAGAGGGAAUACGAGGAGGUCAUUGCGGCUUUUCUACGUCAGCCAAGGAUAACGGGGAAGCGACGUUUCGACGAGAUAGACUACGUACUACGGACUUCCGAUAUGGAAAUGCAACGUCGGGUUGUUAAGCGGAUGCGCUGCGAGAACGUGUUGGAUGAACUGUCAGACAGCGAGACCGAAACAUUAUCAACCACGACCACCGCCGAGGACUCAGAGGGGGCUACGAGCGAGGGGGCUAUGGCUGCAGCUGAUGAUGUACAACGCCUAAGACUGAACGAUGGCCCCCUGCAAAGGGUUAAGCGAAAGAGGAAGUCGCGAACUGUAGUCGUCGACGAAGAUACCAGCUCAGAAUCCGAGUCCGGCUCCGAUUCUGAUUCGGACUCCAGCUCAGGUAGCAGCGAUAGUAGCAGCUCCGACGACGAAUCUGGGGACGAAGCAGCGCAGCCACGAUUGCGUACAGACGAUGCCGACACGUCGUCUAGCAGCUCUUCCUCGGAGUCUGAGUCUACUUCCGAUGAUUCAGAUGACGACGAUUCCGAGGAUGACAAGUGAUCGGAAUGAAAAGGCAUACGUGUAUUAUUUAUUACUGAUCAUAAUAAUCGAUAGAUCGCACACGUUCUACGCAAAGGAUACCCAAUUUCUCUUACGAUAGAUCAUCAAAUUGUAAUAGAACCAAUUGCAAAAUUUGAUACGGAUCAAUACGUUAUUCCUUCCGCAAUUACUCGGUGAACCAUGCCAUCCAAGCCUCCG